GACCAGGAUCAUGUUCAAGACUAUUGCGAUGGCCGUCGUGCUCUUUGCCGCGGCAACAGCAGCUGAUGACAAUGUUCAGUUUGCCAUGAUCAAGUUCUGUGGGAAUGUUGACCACAACCCCUUGGGCUUUGGCACCAUUGCCUGGACCGCCGAUGCAUGUGUGCCCUUUGUCGAAGGCCUGCACGUCAAGGCUGACUGCACGACCAACGAGCUGAAGUAUUACAAUAGCUCCACUUGCGCCCACGAGCUUGGCUCGGAAACCUUCGACUGCAACAAAAUUGGCUUCUCUGUUGAGUGCGGCACCGCCCCCGAGAACACCGUCGGCACCAUGCUCAUGUACGACGAGGAUGAUUGCUCCGAUACCCCCAACCUGCGCUACUUUGUCACCGACACUUGCAUCCAGCAGAACGACGACGACGACGAUGACAAGCUUGUGCCCCGCGCAAGCCCCACCUCCAUGUCCGUGGCUUGUGAGGAUAAGAAGAUUGUGGUCAGCGUGUUCACCGAAUCAGCCUCGUGCACCGGCACCGCCACCACCUUCAACGUGCCCGCGAAUGAGUGUCUGGACCUGAACACCGUCUUCCCCAGCGACGACGACGAUGAUGAUGACUAUGAUGAUGACGAUGAUCACCCUUUUAUGGCAGACAAGAUGGUGGCCAACCGACGCACAGCCGGCCUGUCCUACAGCGCGUGCGUGUACACGCACACCCCCAAACCCCCGGACGAAGACCCGUCCCGAGUACCACUUCCCGUCUGCUCCUAUGGCAAAUUGAUGCGAAUCUACCGAACCAGCGCCUCUCUGACAAACGAAUCUCUCUCUCUCUCUCUCUCUCUCAAGCUCUCUCUCUCUUUCUCUCUCUCUCUCUCUCUCUCAAGCUCUCUCUCUCUCUCUCUCAAGCUCUCUCUCUCUCUCUCUCAAGCUCUCUCUCUCUCUCUCUCUCUCUCUCUCUCUCCCCCCCCCCCCCUCUCUCUCACACACACACUUCCCAUCUCUAUGAGUUCGUCCAAGGCCAAGGCGGCAUGGAUCGUCGUGCUGGCCAUGUUCGCCACCACCACGCAGGCAACCCGCUUUGCCAGCAUUUCGUCGUGCGACGGCGAUGAUGACGGCAUGUGGAACUUUGUGCUGAACCCCAUUGGCUUUGGCAACAUGGUCAUCUCCUCAGACCACUGCCUGCCCCUUGGCCGUACUUCUGCCAAAAUCAAUUGCGACACCAACCAAUUUACCGUUUAUAACGACACGACUUGCACCAAGAGCAUGGGAUCACAGAGCUUGAACAGCUGCAUGGGCGAGACCUUCAAGUUUUCCUGCGUCGAAGCUCCCGAAAACACCGUGGGCACCAUGCUGAUCUACCCCACCAACGACUGCAGCGGCAACCCUCCCAUGCGCAUCUUUGUUGAAGACGGCUGCCAAGCCCCCCCCUCGCCCUUUGACUUUGAUGAUGAUAAGAGCGUCUUCGGCCCCGCUGGCAUCUCCUUCCAACUCACAUGCACCGAGGACUCGAUGACCCUGCGCACCCACACGUCUUCCGACAAAUGCCAAGGCGCCUCCGUCAGCUCACCGCUCGUUAUGAACGAAUGCAUUUCCCUUACUGACCUUGCGCCCGUCGGCGGUGACGACGACUUUGACGACGAUGAUAAUGAUCUGUUCAACUUUGACGACGACUUUGACGACUUUGACGACGACGAUGACUUCAUGCACAAUCAGUCCAUUAUCCACAUUGGCAAUGAUCUCUUCGAUUUUGACGAUGAUUUCACCCACCUCUUCUCUGACGAUGAUGACAGUCAACACGGACUCUCCGUGGCCAAGAUUGUUCUCAAGUGCGGCGCUGAUACCACCGUGGAUGGCAGCAGCAUCAACUCACCCCUUGGAAAUAAUAUGAAUGUUGAUACCCUCAAACUCUCACUCUCUCUCUCCAAACUCUCUCUCUCAAACUCUCUCAAACUCUCUCAAACUCUCUCUCUCAAACUCUCUCAAACUCUCUCAAACUCUCUCAAACUUUCUCAACUCUCUCUCUCUCUCUCUCUCUCUCUCUCUCUGGUCAGUGAACCGAUUCUGGUUUUAGCUCUUGCCUCUCGUGUAGACGAAGGACCUUUGCUGGGCUGGCUGGCUGGCUGGCUGGCUGGCGAGUUCGGCUGCCUGGAGGCUUUCGGGAUGACAGAGGCCAGCGAUCAUGUGGUCGCUGUCGGUGCUGGCCAUCUGGCCAUUCCGCCUGGCCUGUUUGCACCCCGCGCGCCGGUUCAUGUGAUUGGUGCCCAUGAUCAACAAGAUCCAAAAAGCCAGGCCGUCUUUCAGGGCCUCGUCGAGGCCAAUCAACGACCCAAAGCUGCGCUCGAGUACAGAUUCAAGAGCGUCACAGACCAGCUCUUCCCCCCUCGCAAGGAAAAGGCGGCUCCCACCCAAAGCGUCACCGAAGAAGCCCAUAUUCCAGACGGCAUCAUCAAGCGUCACUGGAUAAGUCGCCAUGCUGAGGAGAUUCCCGCCGUCAUUGUCAUCUUCAUGGCUCUCGAGUGGGAGGCCGAAGACUGGAAUAAGCGCGAAGAAGAAUAUGCUCAAAUGGUGGCCGCCAUUCGCCCGGAUUUGCUCCGCUGCGUUCUGACAAGCAGCAUCCCACAUGUAGCGAUCAGCGAGGCUCUCGGCCCACUCGUCUCAUCGCCAUUCUCCUCCAAAAUCGCCGCCAACAAGAAGUCUCCGAUGGUUAGUCAAAGGCGCUCUGCACUGAUCCGGGGUACACAUCGCCGGCAUCACGCCACGCUCAUCAAUGCCAUCGCCCCAGAAAUUAUCACUGCGCGUGCCAGCUCCUUGCGUAACAAGUGCCAACUCUUGCGCCAAAAGGAACUUUACAUCCUGGACUCACCCAUGCAACGCGUGGUUCAUGAUCUCAUCAAGCUCGAGUCAGUCUUUAUGGAGCUGUGCGGCCAGCAUUACCAAGCUGAGAUUGCUCGCGUCACCGCACGGCGUGAAGCCGUCCACGAGACCACUGAACGGGAGCUACUUGCAAGAUACGCCUUCAAAAUUGGGUUCUUCAACGAACUCAUGCAGGACUAUCCAAAAGCAACCGCAGCCUACACGCAAUGCGUCCGUGAACUCCAGCAGCUCACACCCCUGUCCGGCCGUGAAUUCGAGCUCGCCUAUAUUUUCUCCCUCCUCAACAUCAAGUGGCCCUUGACAUUCGUUCACAGUUACCUCCAGUUUGGUCUGGUCUUUGAAAAGGCCGUUGCCAGUGGUUUGCAGCCUAUUAUGACGGAACACCCAGGCCUGUAUUUUCAACAAGCGGCAGACCACGAGCACCAACGUAUGACCCUUUUGGCUCAGCACGGUCAACAGCCUACGGAUAUCACAGCCACCGAGACCACGAGCAUGUUCCUUGGACAGAUUCAAGUGGCAGAACAAUCUACUCUCAACGUAACGGAUACGUCCAUUCUCACGGCUUUGGAGCACCAAGUGCCUCAUGCCGCACAUCAACAGGUUCUGCUUGAGCGGGCCCUAGCACACUUUGAGCGCUACGCAGUUGUUCACCGAGUUGUUGGCAAAGAGGGUGCCCGUGAACCUCAAACCGUCUACCGUACCAUUGCCGGCCUGAAAUGCCGCUUGGCACAUGCUUUCAUGGCGCUGCACCGCUAUGACAAGGCGCUCAAAUGUUGGGAAGAGGUCCUCGCCAUCCAAUGGCGAGAGCCCUGGUUUGCCCUGCUUGCAGAAUAUGAGGUCCACGCCCUUCGGUGUGCCUUUGCCCUGGGUGAUGGGGUGCAGUACUGCCAGCGCUCGCUGGCAUGUUUGGAUGGCCGGCUGCCGCUAGAAACUAGCCAGCGCGGCGCCAUUCUCAAUCAUCUCAUUGAAUGGCUCAACACCGGCGUUACAACUGGUUUUGAUGACGCUUGUGCCAACCUGGACCCAGCCUGGGAGGCUGAUGGACCAGUGCUUGACGUACAUGCUGCAGAGCCUGCGGCCAUUCGCUGCAAGUGUUCAGCUUUGCUAGGUGCCACGGGCACGACGGCCGAUCUUUUGGUGCUGCUGAACUCCAGUCUGCCUGCUUCGCUGACGCUGUCAUCCUUGACCGUGGAACUUGAGGCGUGCGAUGGCAAACGUCAGAAGCGCGUGGCCGAUGCCCCCGUCUUGACAGCUGGCGUCACUGAACCCAUUCAACUCAAUGCCGGAUCUACUCUGCGCCUGAAUGUGCCAGUACACCGUGCGCCCGAUGCGGCCCAUAUCCAAUAUGCUGUGAAGCGCAUCCAAGCGGUGGUGAGCAGCUCACGGCACCAGCUGACCGUUGAUUGGAACUUUGCAACGGGCAAGGCUCGGGGAGAGCAGCCGCUGCCACUAGCGACGGAAGUUCAAGCCUUGCCAUUUUCACGAGUGGUCAAUCGCACACAUUUGGCCUUUGUCAGCACCAAAGAGCUUGCAACCGUUACGCUCUCUCCACCAGCACACGAUGCCACCGAAGAGGCAGCGGACGACGAGGUGCUUAGAACGGUGGAUAUGGGCCUCAUCAAGGCCCAGGGCGAGUUUGCUACACGUGUCUUCCUCGACUGCCCCAGCGUCACGCCUGGCCGGGAGCUGUCUGCGCGCCUGACUUACAUGCAUGGCAGCGACUCGCAUCGACAACACUCUGAGGCAACGCUGGUCGUGAUUGCACCCUUUGCAUUGGCGGCCAACUUGCAAGAUCUCAACGGCCGACUAGUGUCCCUAGCAGAACCUCUUCCGUGCCACGAUGAUUUGCGACUCGCUUAUGAGUUACAAUGCUGCAGUAAAACACCGCUUGAGCUGCGUGGUGCUGAGGUACAACCGGGGAUCAAAUCAGAUGGGUUGCAGAUUCUGGCUGGGCAAUCUGCGCUGAAUAUUGAUGAAGGCGCUUGCGAGUUGUACCAUGAGGGUGAUGCUUUUGCUGAGCAGCUCAUUUUUUCGCUGCGGCGUGAGGUGGUCGAGCCUACGACAUUGGGCACGGUAGUGGCCACCUGGUUGCGGCCUGGUUGUGAGCGCCGAAACACGCUAAGGCUGGAGCUACCUGAGAUCGUGGCACAAGAGAUGCGAUUGCGAGCCCAUGUACAAGCACCGUCAACAUGUCGCAGUGGUGAAACAGUCAAGGUGGAGCUCGUGGUCCGGGCGCGCAGCGGCUACAUUGAGGAGGCCGAGCUACUUAUGGAACAAACCCCAGACUUUAUGCUGGCAGGUGAUCCAAACCAGGUGUUGCGCAUUCUGCCCGGUGCUGCCGGGCAGGAGGCUAUGUCUCAAGUGCGGUUUGACCUGCUCCCUCUCACCACGGGCCAACUCAAACUGCCCAGCGUGACCCUGGUGGACGGACGCAAGGGGCAGCUCACGGCUGGCGUGUGUGUGCGUGCGUGUGUGGAGUUUAGGCGGCUGUGCCAGUCACGGGAAGCAAAUAAGCGUACCAGUGCACCAAGCAAUAAUUCGAUUGACCUAUCUCCCAAGCUACCUUGA